AAGUUACCGUUCGGUCUCAUUGUGCAAUAUUCGAUUUUUUGACAGUGUUUUGAACGUUUACAAUUAUCUCUUUGGUCUAUGGAGACGCAGAAAGCGACUGCCGGUGAGUACUAGAAUGGAGUAUUGCAAAUGCUAGUGGUUUAAAUUUGAACGGUGAAGUCGUGUCUACAUAACCUCAUCACGUAGAUUUUAUUUAAUACUUUAUGCCUAAAAAUGCGAGAUCUCUUCCGUCGUGAGAGUGGUUAAGUAUUUUACAAUGAAAUAUUUAUGAAAGCAUCGUAGAAAAAACCGCGUUUGACGCAUAGUUUCUAGAUAUUUAUGUUUAUAUUUAAAAACGCUCAAAAGAGUUAUUCAUUUUUGGAGUGUUCACGAAUUGUGGCAACCUCACAUUCUCGUUUUCGUUGAUGCAAGAGGCUGGAUUUGUUAUAUUUCACCUUCAUGAGGUUGUAGUUUUUUGUCCACUGGUUGAUCUUAAAGUCAGCAAGGUAAUUUGAACUAAGAAGUCCAUGGGCUUUAUCGACGAUGAAUUGCAAGAAGUGUCAAAACUGUGUCAAAAUGUCGUCAAAGGCAGUAGAAUUAUUUCCUGCGUACAAACCAUGGUUCGGGUGGAAAUAAUGAAAACAUCUUUCAAGAAGAUUGUUGUAUGUAUUCAGUUUCCAAACAAUUACCCUAGUACGCCACUUCUUAUCGAACUUAAGAGUAAAACUCUUUCUCCAAAAUUACUGGAUGGAUUAACAAACGUUUGUGAAAAAGAAUGCAAGAAUCUCUUGGGUAAAGCCCAGGUGCUACCUGUUUUAAAGUUCAUCCGAUGCUUUAUCGAUGAGAAUGCUUUAAUUUGUUGUUACGAUGAGAUCGCUUCCAUAAAAAAACUCUUGUGGAAAGAAGACGAAUUGAAAUUAAAGCAGAAGGCAUCGACAAUUGGUAUUAAAGUACAUCAGGGAGGAUACUAUUUUAAAGCUAAAUUAUCUAUACCGGAUAACUAUCCCGAUACUGCAGUAAGUAUAGGGGAUGCCGAGACAAAUUUUCCCCCUUUGUUUGCUCGAUAUUUAGUUGCUCAAGGCAAAGAAUUAGGUCGUCGAUGCAUAGAACCGCCACUGAAAAAGAAGCCCAAUCAGGCAGUGUUCCAACCGUCGCCUUCUCUGAACGUGGUUGCAUCGUUUGUCAUAAAAUUGGUAAAAAACUUGCCAAAAGAAAUCUGUCAAUUUUGUCAUGGUAUUUGUUUCCCUCCAAAUCCACAAGAAGUCGUAACCGAGGAGGGUGCAGAUCUGCACGUCGAAAGACUCUACUGCGGUCAUCUUUUUCAUUUGCAAUGUCUCGUAACGUACAUGAAGACUCCUCCCUUCCAUGGGGGUAAGAAAUGUCCGAAAUGCGGACAAAGGGUUUACCACGAAAAAUGGGGUUUGAGCGACCAGCUUGCCGAAGACCGAUGGGCCCAUCAGCAGGCUCGUGAUAGAGAACUAGAGGAAGUUGCCGACUUCUUCGAGUAAACGUCCGACCCCGAUGGCGCGUAAUGGAGGUACGGCACGUCGUGCGAACCUGAACAGUUCCGACGUGUAGCAAGGCUGUCGACACGGUUUUGCGAACGUCAGUAGGGACAUGGCAUCGAAAGUCCGAUUAUUUAGGAGAAACAGGGAUUCGCUGAAGCGACACUCGCAUAUUUUUCUUGCCGAAAUAUCUUUCUCCGUUCCCAAGACCAAGGGUGGCAGAAUCGAUGGGAACCGAAUGAUCACCCGUGCUCAAAACGCAACAAAUUGUUCUCAACGGGCAUUUUGUAUAAUAAGUUUUGUACGAAACUUUAUGGAAAAGAAAUUGCUUUCAAAGUUACUACUUAACCAAUGACAUUACAAACGAUGCUACAUCUCCGAUUUAGGAAACUUUGACCAACGAGGGGAGAUGGUCGAACGAACAUACGUUACACGUUACACCAGUUAGACGAGACGAUUCGUAUUUGUAUUCUUGCCUGGUCCAUGGUACGUUCCUUGUUCGAACAGCCGCUAGGCCGAAAGGUCCGCUUUUCGACUCGCGGGGACGUACGCAUGCGUGUUUCCAGAACGGUGAGAAUUCCCAUCGAGUUCGAUGUACCGCACAACGUACACACUCGUCGCCAGGGUAUGACUGCUGGUGCAGUGUAAUAAAAUAGUACGAGUAAGGGCGUUGGUGUAACGU